CAAGAAAUCCAAAGAGGAAUAACAAAAAGAAGCCAAAACUUCACUCCCACACCUCCCCAAAAGUUGGUCCAAUCCCAUCUACAUAAACCUCCUUCCCAAUCAUUCAACAUUACCCUCAACCAAAUCUCCUAGCUAGCUCCUCCUUCUCUACAAUGGCAUCCACGAAUCAACGUGUCCUCAGCCUUCUGAGCGUGCUGCUUCUGAUACUGCAGAGAUGCCAUGCCUUUGAAUUCAAAGUGGGAGGAUCGCAAGGUUGGGCAGUUCCCACCGACGCCGCCCUCUUCAACCACUGGGCUGAAAAAGCCCGAUUCCAGAUUGGCGAUUCCUUGCUUUUCGUAUAUUCCUCGGAUCACGACUCGGUUCUGCACGUGAGCAAGGAGGACUACGCGAGCUGCAGCGCCGACAAACCGCUCGAUAAGUUCACCGACGGCCACACGGUGUACAAGCUCGACCAAUCUGGGCCGCAUUACUUCAUAAGUGGAGUGGCUGAAAACUGCCAUAAGAAUGAGAAGUUGAUAGUCGUUGUGAUGGCUGAUCGGAGCAAUAAAACUGCUGCUGCUCCCUCGCCGUCAGAGGGGAUGUCGCCCCCGUCCCCGGCUCCUGCCGGGGAGGAGUCGCCCCCUCCGCCACCUGCGGAGGAGACCAACCCGACCCCGGCUCCCUCCGAGGAGUCUUCUCCUGCCAAGAACGCCGCUUCGUCCGUCGCCUCUGCUGUGGUGGGGACUGUUGCGGUUUUGUUUGGUUCCUCAUUUGCUUUGGCUCUUUGAUCAUUGAGGUUUGGAGUUCAAUGUGCAUUUCUGUCACUCUUCUUUUUUUUGUUUAUAAAAAGGAAAAAAGAAAAAAAAAUGGUGUAUUGCAGGUUGGAAGUUUUUGGCUUGUUUUGGUUUGUGGUAGAUUGAUUAUUUGUUUGAUGCAAGUGGGGAAUAAGGCGCCUCUUUGUGAAGGAUUGUCAUGUUUGUGUAUUUGUUUUGGUUUGUACAAGUGGAAUAAAUUGUUGUACAUUUUGUACAAUUCUUGA